UAAAAUUAUCGAUAAAUAGUUAUAUGAUCAUUUAUGAAAUUUAUCUGAAAUACAUAGUUAUAUGAUCAUUUAUGAAAUUUAUCUGAAACACAGGAUAUGUUCAUCGGUGGAACGGACACAACAUCAAUUUUAUUGGAAUGGGCCAUGGCUGAAUUAUUGAAGAAUCCAAAUAUGAUGAAAAAAGCCCAAGUUGAAGUUAGAGAGGCUUUAAAAGGGAAAAAAAAAGUGGAUCAUAUUGAUGUACAAAAUUUGAAAUACUUGAAAUUGAUUGUGAAAGAAACUCUAAGACUUCAUCCACCAGGUCCCUUAGCUUCACCAAGAGAAUCAAUAGAAGAAAUCGCGAUUAAUGGGUAUGUUAUACCUAAUAAAACGAUAGCCUUGAUGAAUUUGUAUGCAAUGGGAAGAGAUCCUGAAUAUUGGCACGAUCCAGAGAAAUUCAUGCCAGAUCGAUUCAAUAAUUAUGUCGAUAACGAUGUUGAUGAUGUUAAAAUGAUCAAAGGAUCAUCCAAUGUUCCUAUGGAGUUUUUGGCAUUUGGAUUUGGAAAAAGGGUUUGUCCAGGAAUGUUAUUUGCUACGGCAAGUAGUGAACUCACAUUGGCUAGAUUACUUUAUCAUUUCGAUUGGACACUUCCUAAUGGUAUGAAUCCACAAGAUUUAGAUAUGACUGAAAGUUUUGGUGCUGCUGCUACAAUGAAGAACAACUUGUAUUUGGUGGCUACACCAUAUGACUAACAAGAUUUAGUCUGUCUCGAUUUAUAUGACAUCUUUUGAAUUUUGAAAGUUAAACUAUUCUGUUAUAUGUCCAAAUUGAUGGUCAAAAUUAAAAAGUUUGACUUUUGAAUU